AGCGCAAAAGCUUUCAACGAAACGUCAGCAUCCUGCUUUUCUCAAGACAACGAAUUCUACUGGCCUGCUUGACAGAAACGUUGCAAACAUGAGUACUGUGGAAGCUGCGGCUUCGUUAUUUGGUUCAGAUGGCGAUGCUGGGCCGGAUCCGUUUUCGGUUAUUGGCAACGAGGAGACUGACACGACACCACCUGCCGGGUUGGCGGUACAUGAAUAUGGACAGCACGAGUCUGCUUCUUAUCCAUCUGACAUGGGCCAGGACGCUUCCAGCUUGUUUGCUGAAGACAUUCCCAAGGGCACUCAACCCUUUGAACAAGAUCCCUGGUCAGUUGCUGUGGACCACGAUGCCAGUGUUCUUGUGAACCAGGUUCCUGACAGCUCGCAAUACUCUGCUACCGGUUACGAACAGUCUCAAGAG